GGAGUUGGCACGCAAGCACUGAUUUGUGAUGUGACAAACAGGGGUGCCCAAUUUCAGAUAAUAUUUGGCCAUUAACUUUAUUGACUCAUAAUAAUUAAUCAAACAUGAACUGUUUGUAACAAGUUUUAUAACACGACAGUGAGAAACGUGCAGUGAAUUAAAUACUUUAGAUUGUUAAAUGUGCUUGUGAAAGUGGAUAAAAUUGUGGACAAAUCGAAUCCUGAAGAUAGGAUGGCGGCAUCGCACAUCCUUAGCGCGGUAGAACCGACGGUGGGCGGCGGCGGCGCGCGCGGCGGCCGCGAGCGUGAGGUCUCCGUCGCACUGGAUGACAGGGAGCUGUGGGUCAGGUUCCAGACCCUCACCAACGAGAUGAUAGUCACCAAGAAUGGGAGGCGAAUGUUUCCAGUGGUGAAGGUGACCGCAAGCGGGCUGGACCCAACGGCCAUGUACACAGUAUUGCUAGAAUUUGUUCAAGUAGAUUCACAUCGGUGGAAAUAUGUAAACGGCGAAUGGAUACCUGGAGGUAAAGCCGAAGUGCCGCCUUCUAAUGCAAUAUACAUUCAUCCAGAGAGCCCUAACUUUGGCGCACAUUGGAUGAAGGAGCCCAUAUCAUUCGCCAAAGUCAAACUCACUAAUAAAACUAAUGGGAAUGGACAGAUAAUGUUGAACUCUCUACACAAAUACGAGCCGAGGGUUCACCUGGUGAAAGUUGGGACAGAUCUCAGACGCAUCAUGACCUACCCAUUCCCCGAGACGCAGUUCAUCGCAGUAACUGCUUACCAGAAUGAGGAGGUCACUUCGCUGAAAAUAAAAUACAAUCCGUUCGCAAAAGCCUUCUUGGAUGCCAAGGAAAGGCCUGAGGGAUAUUAUCAAAGGGACUUUGUUGGGACACACUACCCUCAACAAAGUUCAUCGCCUCAUCAAUAUCCGCAAUUCGGUGGAUGGUUUGUAGCAUCGCAGUCGCUGUACAGCAGCGGCAACGCGGCUUCACGGAGGCCGGCGCCGUACCCGCCGAGACCGCCGUCCCGGCCGAGGACUUUAUCUCCGCCCUCGACCUACAGCAGUUCCGAGCGGACAGCUGCUGCAGCACCCANUGCGCCCAACAGUAGUAGCUACACUUGGGCUGGCAGCAGUGGCUACUGGAGCUCGGCACAAGGCAGCAGCUCGCCUCAGCCUAACGUUUCUCCUGGACCAUACCGCACCCCUCCUCACGCGUACCCUGCGCCUCUUGAAUACGCUCCAGCGCCGCCUACAAGCACGGCGGCACCCGCGACUGGGCCAGCUCCUCUGUACCCGUUGCAGUAUGAAACCCCGAGUCAACACCACUCCCCGUACUACCAACAUGCGUACGCGCCUUACGCUCACCACGCCAUUGAAGAUAUUUCCUACUGGCCGAAUAGCUUGAACAGCUACAGCUACCAGCCAACCGAGUAUGUGGGUACAGGCGAAAUAGCUUACGGUGCAGAAGGCAUGUCCUACCCUUCUGGAUCCACUCUCGAGACAGGGGGCGAAGGCAGAGGAACACCUCCAAGUUCGGAACAUCCACAGCAGGAGAGAGAGUAUAAAUUCAACGCAGAAGAAGAAAGACACUCCCCUUGCGAGGAGCCCACGAUAUCUCCACGGUCACCACCACAGUGACUUCUAGUUUCUUAAAAGUAGGAAAAAGGAAUAAUUUAAAAAUAUUUUCUGUUGACAUGGUACGAGUAAUAAGUACCUAUUUAUGACUUUCAUUGCUGUGAGGUAUCGUUAUGGAGAAGUUUCGUAAUGUUGAAAACAUUAUAGUUCACUGAAUGGGAUUAAAAUAUAGACCAAAACUAAAAAGUCGGUGAAGUUUUUUUUUAAAUCCAUCAAAAAAUGGCUGAGAAAUUAAUUAUUUAAAUUACCUACAUAUUUUCGCGGAACUCAAACAGGCGGAGCCGUGACCUGUAUAAGUUUAAACCACAUUGCCUAGCACCCCUGGCCGCGUUGUUGAGAAUGACACUUUAUGUCAAGUCUUUUUCUUCUUUUUGUUUAAGGUC